AUGAAUGAGGAAAGAAGUAUUGAAGAUUCUUCAUAUUUAAGCUACGAAAUAAAUGGCACUAGAUAUAUUUUACAAACUAUAUCAGAUCCAACUAUAGAUAUAACAAAAACUGCAUCAACUAAUCAAGAACAAAAUACAAUUAAUAUUAUAGAUGAAUCACAUGUUUAUGCAUUUCAAAAUGGAGAAUUACAAGAAUUAGAUUUUAGUCAAGUAACAGAUGAAAAUGAUUCACAAGAAAAAACAGUGCUGCUGUCUAAAGAAGAUGAUAAUUGUGAACCGCAAUAUAUUACUAAUGAAGGAUUAGUAAUUGGAAAUAUUGAUCAACAUUCUCAAGAACAAUAUGAAAUUAUCACUGAUCAAAAUGAAAAGAAUUUUAUAGUAGAAAAGCAUAAUGUAAAUGCUAAUGAUUUUGUAGAAGUUGUAACAGCAUUCAAAUGUAAAAUAUGUACUUAUACUACGCAAGAUAAGACACAAUUAUUGCAGCAUUUUCAGAAAACACAUGUAAAUCCUAAAGUAGAUAUAGAGAUAAAAGAAGAGUUUAAGAAUGAUGAAGUAAAAUUGUUAUACAUGUGUGGAGAAUGUUCUAGUUGCUUUCCUUCUAUUGAAGAUUGUAAAGAACAUAUGAUAAAUGAUCAUCAAUUAACAGACACAGGAGCCAAUAAAGGUGGUAAAGAAAAUAUAACUGAUGAUUCAAAAGACUCUGGAUUAUUAGAGUGUAUAGGACAAAGUAUUGAAAAUAAUGAUGUAAAACGUCAAAUUAAGAUUCAAAAACCUUUGAAUUCUGAAUAUAUGCUCAAUAAAAAAAUGAUUGAAUUAAUGGAAAGAAACAUAAAGUGUUCAUAUCGAGGAUGCCCCUACAAAUUUUCUACAGAGGAAACAAUGCAGCAACAUGCACUUUGUCAUACAGAAUCACAAAAUGGAAUGGCAUUUAAAUGUACUGUUUGCCGUGAUACGAAAUUUACCAAAUGGAGACAGUGUAGCUUACAUUUAUGGAAAAAGCAUCAAAUUGGAUUAUUUACUUGUAAAAUAUGUAAAGCAUAUAAAAGUGCAACAAUGGUGAAACUUUUAACUCAUAUGCGUGUGCAUAGUGAGACUCGCGAGUAUGAAUGUUCAGAAUGUGGUAAAUGUUUUAAACAAGCCAGUCAGUUGCGUAAUCAUAGAGUGAUGCAUUUAGACCGUAAAACAUUGGAAGUGACGCGGUGGUAUACUUCAAAAAAAUGUGAUAUGUGUGGAAAAACUUAUGCAAAUUCCAAAUGUUUAAAAAGUCAUAUUCAAGCAGUGCAUUCAAAAUUACGACCAUAUGUUUGUAAUGUUUGUGGACAUUCUAGUGCUAGAAAAGCAAUGUUACAAAUGCAUUUACGACAACAUACUGGUGAUAAACCCUUUAGUUGUGAACUUUGCGAGUAUAAAACUGGAGAUCACAAUACAUUACGACGUCACAUUAUGCAACAUACAGGGUUUAGACCUUAUAAAUGCCCUCACUGUUCUUACACUGCAAUACAAAGUAGUAGUUAUAAAAAUCAUUUAAAAUCUAGACAUCCUUUAUUGUCUGGUUUAUUUACGUGUGACCUAUGCCCUUUUAAAACUGUUAAAAAUCAAAGUUAUAUACAACACGUAAGAGACCAUGAAAAGGGAUUGAUCAAAGCAAAUAUGCAAAAGAAAGAUAGCGAAAAUGUUGAAGUUUUUCCUGGUAACAUUGCAGCGGCACAAUUAAUUUAUAGUUGCUUAGGUGCCUUUUCAAAAGUAGGCGAUACUUUAGAAGCAAAUUUGAUGUCUUCCUCAACGUCUGCAGACGGUACAUCACAAACUAUAACGAUACAGAUACCAUCGAAACAUCUUGAAGGUUCACUGCCAACAAGAGAAAAUAGAACUAAAAAUAACUCAUCAAUUGAACAAGAAGAUGAAGAAACAAUGCAUUGUUUUUUAAAAAUUCCAAGGGAAGAAGAAGAAAGUAUAGAUACUGGUGGUAUAACUAUACCUGCUGAACCUGAGGAAUCAGGGGCAACAACUAUUAAUGUUGAUACGUGAAAUAUAGAACGUUAAGUUGCUAAUUGAAAUAUUUCUAUACUUGAAAACAAUUAGAAAUUUAUACUUUAAAACUAAAUGAAGAAAUGCUAGUCACGCGUUACUUAGAAACUAUGAAUUAACUUGUUUAACAGAACACUAGAAUUAAUAUAUUAAUUUUUAAAAUCCUAAUUGUGAUACUAUUUUUGGAAUUGUAUAUUAUAUCAGCAAAAACAAAUUUAACGAAAAACAAAUGUUCUUGUUUGAAAAAAUUUUGUACAUCAUUUUGAAGAAAGUAAUGGAUAUUUAAUUAAUUAAUUAAUGGAUUCUAUGUUCGUAUUUGUUCAAAAAUUUUAUUUUAUUCGAAAAAAAAGAUUUUAUAGUUAAAAGAAAU